AUGUCUUGGGACGACGAUUUUGUUGCUGGUAAUGAUGACGAUACUGUCUUAAUGGAAUCAUGGGAUGCUGAAGAGACCAUCGAAGAGAAGAAACAAAAGGAAGCUGAGUUGAAGAGACAAGAGCAAUUGCUGAAGACACAAGAGACUGCUAACAAGAAGAACAAGAACAAGUCUUCUACUGACCAAGUGUUGAUGGAAAUUGACACCUUAGAUGACGCAACUCGUAAAGAAUUGAUUAAAAAAGCUGAGUUGGAAUCCGAUCUAAACAAUGCUGCUGAAUUGUUUGGUUCUUUGGGUGUUGCUGAAGAACAUCCAAGAGCUUUGGCUGCUAGAAAAGAAAAAGAGUUGGAAGCCAUGAUGAAACCUGCUUCUUUAACUAGAGACACACCAUUAGAAAGCCAUCCAAUCUUUAAUGCUGAAUCAAAGAAAGAAUUCCAAGAUUUGAGAAAAGCUAUAUCUGCUGCUGUCACUCCAUUGAACGAAGUUUCCUCCUUGAACUACUCAUCAUCUUUAGCCAUUGAUUUGAUCAGAGAUGUUGCAAAUCCUAUGUCUGUUGAAUCUAUUAGACAAACUAUUGCUACUCUAAACGUUUUAAUGAAGGAUAAAGAAAGACAAGAAAGACAAGCCAGAUUAGCUCGUGUCAAGGGCGGUACCGCAACUGGUGGUGCCGGUAAGAAGAAGAUUAAGGGAAAAACCAAUUUAGGUGGUGCAUUCAAGAAAGAUCAAGAUUUCAGUUUAGAAACUGAAGAUUUUGGUGAUUUCGGUGACGAUGAUUUCAUGUAA